UUACCGAAAGGCAUUUUAGAAAUUUAGUUGAUACCAAUACGCUGUGUUGAACAAGAUACUGUUUGUAGAAGGAUCGUAUCCAUAUAUAUCAACGAAUGCCACUGUUUAUCCACGUAACGAAAUGGGAAAAUGAUAGGAAUUUACGUUAAUGGUGCACUUAAUGAAUAGUCAAAUAAGAUGAAUUGUGAUGCAAAAUAAAAGCCGUGACCUGUCGUCAUAUUAACGACGCUUGCUUGUUUGUAAAUAAUGAUUAGCGAAGUUGUGGUAUUCGCAUGGAUGAAGUUAUAAAUGGGAGUAUGUUUUGUUUAUUUGAACGUAUAGAUUUGUGAUUGCAUAUCAAGGUUCCGUUGUAUGUUGCUAUGAAUUCACCAGUUUCUUCCUCGAGAAACGCUGACAGUUUACAAAAGUUUCAACGCGAUGUCUCGAGGCUGUUGACUGAUCAAGACAGAGAUUACCUUCACGAUGUGCUAAAGGAUUUUUAUUCAGGCAGAUCUGUCGAACGUUUGGUAUCGAGUUUAAAAUCAUGCCUUGACACUCCGAAGAAAAUGGAUUUACUUGUAGACAUUCGCAAUCUCUUACCAGCAAAUUAUCGAAGUAAAUUUGACUCACUUGCUCCUUACAAUUUUAUGUCUAAACCUUUUCGGCCACCGAGCUUAUCAAACAGUCAAAAAUCGGGUUCUUCUCAUCCCUUCAGGUCUAAAACAAACGGCAGUUUUUGUGUAGUAAAUUUACAAAAAUCUGACCCAGAUGCCAGUCUAGGAUUCUCCAUACGAGGUGGUCGUGAGUACGGGACAGGUGUGUACAUUUCAACCAUCGACGAAAAUACUAUGGCUCGCAAAGAGGGUUUGAAAAUUGGUGAUCAAAUUAUUGAAUGCAAUGGAAUGGAUUUUGAACAUAUCACACACACCUCAGCUGUGAAAUUGCUAUCCAGUAUUACGAAAGUGAAGCUUGUUGUUAAAUCUGAAGGGAGAUUGCCUGAGUUCAAUGAAGUUAAAGCUGGAUUUUCUUGGAUGGAUGCAAAUGGUUUACCCGUAGAAGAUAGUUUGAAUGAUACUGACGAUAGCGAUAAGGAAAGCAUUGAUCAACACAUUCCAGAUUUUCAGUCAAAUAUUAAACUUUUGCACAGCAUCGAUGAAAAGAGAAUAGAUUUUACGAUAAAUGAACUUAGCGAUGGUUUCAUUGGUUUCAAUCUACGAGGUGGAAAAGAAUACGGUCUGGGAAUUUACGUUUCCAGGGUUGACAAAGAUUCCGUCGUUGAGCAAGCUGGUUUACAGGUUGGCGAUCUUAUUCUUGAUGUAAACGGGACUAGCUUUGAAAGUAUUUCACAUCAAGCGGCUGUGGACUUUAUGAAAUCACAACAUCGCGUCAUCAUGAGAGUGAAGUCGACGGGGAUUUUGCCUGCAGCAAAGCUCAUCUACUCUGACGUCAGCUGGGUCUAUCCUGAUGGAGCAGAAGCAAACGUAUCACAAGAGAUGAAACAGAAUAUGUCGAUGUUGCAAGUACCAGUCCCCUGCUCGUUGAACACAUCCCAUAGAGACUCUAGCAUUCAAGUGGAUCUUCUUGGAUCCAGUCCUUCUCCGACUCCAUCUCUAUCGCGAUCAGAUAUUGGUAUACAGGCAACCCCUCUUGACGAAGGCACUCAAGAGGCUAUGAAUACGUCUUUACCAUCGCAGACAACAACAGAUCUGGAACAGACGCCAGUUAGCGCCGUGGAAGCUAGUGAUGAUCAAACAUUUUCUCAUAUAUUCGAACCAAGUCCUUAUGAAGCCAUGCAAUCUGCUAGUUCCUAUGUGAACAGCGAGAACACGAAGACGGCAAGGCUAAAAGGUGGUGACGAAGAGUCGGGUGGAAGUGUGAACGAACGCAGUUCAAAUGGUAGUGGCAUAAGUGGAGAGGAUUUGAUUGGUCGUGAUGUAGAAGAUGGGAAAGGAAGAAAAAAGAAAGUGAAGAAAUCGAAAUCUUUUCUUCAGAAACAUGGUAAUAAAAUCAAGGCAAAGUUGAGUUUUGGAAGACGAGGUGAUCAGAACAAGAAAGUUCGAAAGAAAGUGGUUUGUAAUGAAGAAAUGGUCAAGCAUGUUGACACGAGAAGCAAAAAUCUUCUGGAUGUCAAGGAUUAUAACAAUGUUAUGACGCAUGUGAGAAUGUACAAAGAUAAGGAAGUUGACGUCGAAGGACUUGUGAAUAGUUUACUGUUAACACUUGAUUCACCGCGAAAAGCGAUCCUUCUUCGAGACAUCAGAGCGAUUGUCGUACCUUACGAUGUUGGGAGAUUUGAUGCAAUGACCUCAAACCGUGAAGUUGAAGCACUGGAGUUCUAUGGUAACAAAGCUCCAGUCUCUCCCGUUCUUGACGACAAUGCAGUUCAAGCCAAACCUAAGAAAACAUUAGUAGAAGCCGUUCAAGACAGCCAUGGUAAUUUUCAACUGCGUACAAGAAGCGAGGCGGAACUCAUCAAAAAGACCAGAGAAGAAUUAAAGAAGGAAAGACUUGCGUUGAAGGUUCAAGGUUCUUCAAUCUUGGAGCGAGAGGCAAAAAAGACUGAUUACGACAAAUCAACAUGGUCAAAAAACAACAACAUUGAAAUGAAUCCAAUUAUUCAAGUUGUAGACGCUUCAAGUGAUUCACCCCACCUUACGACCUUUGGUGUGCCUUUACCUCCAUCUCCUCCACCACCUGCAAAACUACCUGAAGUUGAAGUGACAGAAACGUCUUUCGAAGAUCACUCAAAUGAUUCAAACAUUGGAAAUUAUCUUAAAGUGCCCGACAGCCCUAGCAAUGAACAUCGGAGAGCAAUAGCUGAUAAUCAAUUAUGUUUUGAUUUGCCAAAGAUUCGAACAAGCAUGGGUAUAAGCAUUUCUGGGGGAAGUGGAUCCCGGGCUCAACCUGAGAUCCGCAUUGAAAAAGUUUUUCCGGGGGGUGCAGCUGAAGAUGAUGGUACAUUACAGCCUGGUUGGGAAUUGAUUUCGGUCGAUGGAGAAAGUUUAGUUGGUGUAAGUCAUUCAGAGGCUGUGGACAUUAUAAGACGAUCUUACAAUGAUAAAUCAAAAACUGUAAUGAAAAUUGCUUGCGUACCGACCUAGCGACAGGUGAUUCGUGUAAAAUAUAGCAAACAUCCUGUGAUUUGUUUGUUUUAUGUGUCGUUGUAGAUUCUUAUUUAAAAUUGAUCACGGCAUUAUGUAAAUAGCUGUUGGAUGCUGAUUAAAGUAAUAUGAAGAGAUAUUUGAUAUUUCUACGGUAAUUUGAUCCCAUGGAGAUAAAUCAUCAACAGCUACAUGUUUUAAAUUAAACUGUAUUAGCUUCAAACAUCAAAUACAAUACUUGGAUAUGUUGUAAAA